CGUAGACUGAACUUCAAUUAAUAGUGACACAGCAGCAGCAUAAGACAACGAGUUUGCGCAGUUUCAUUUCUCCAUUCAGUGGGACAGCAACAGCGUUUGUAGCAAGAAACAAAAAUAGAUUUUAUUCGUGUGUUUAGCGGAGAAUUUCGCUUAAAGUGGUGCAAGUAAUUACAUAUGUUGUUUUUAGCCAGACAUGCUGGUACGCUCAAAGAAUAUUCAGUCAAUUUCAGCACCACUGCUAGUUGUGAAAAGAGAGAAGAGUGCCGAUAAUGCCGACCACAGAGGAUAGUAUCGAAUUAGAUCAAGUACUCUCUGAAAUUGGUCAGUUUGGACCGUUUCAAGUAUGGCAAUACGCUCUCAUGAUUUUACCGAUCAUGUUGAACGCCUUUUUUACAUUCAGCUACGUUUUUACGGCAGGAAACAUGGAUUACAGAUGUUACGUGCCAGAGUGUGAUCUUCCCGAUGCAGCUGUGUAUGAUGUUGCAUGGAGUAAUUUAGCGCUUCCUUUCGAUCGUAACGGACAUCCAGAACGUUGUCACCGGUUUCAACCAAUCAAUGAUACUACACUUACCGAAACGUGUACUGCAGCAGCGUUUAAUGUUUCCAAUAUAAUCUCAUGCACGAGUUUCGUUUAUCGUACCGGCGAAGUUACCAUAGUACGUGAUUUUGGUAUAAAUUGUGACGAAAACGACUGGAAAUUAGCUCUCGUUGGAACGAUGAAUAACAUAGGCCAGUUUGUGGCUCUUCCUAUUGCCGGAUAUCUGUCUGAUCAAUUUGGAAGGCGAUGGAUCCUGCUAAUUAGUGUAGCUGGUAGUGCGCUUUGUGGUGUGAUCAGAUCAUUUGCUAAUAGCUAUGCAAUGUUCCUGGUGUUUGAAUUUUUGGACCCUGCCAUUGGAUCUACGAUGUAUACGACAGCUUUCAUCCUUGCGCUUGAACUAGUAGGUUCUAAAAAACGCGUUACCGGAAACAAUAUCAUUUCUUGUGCUUUUUCGUUCGGAGAGGCUUUACUUGGUCUGCUAGCGAUGUAUAUUAAUAAUUGGCGUAUUUUGCUGCGUACUUUAUACUUCUCUGGAUUUCUGGCAACGGCAUUUCUGUUUACAACUACGGAAAGUGUUCGAUGGUUACUUUCGAAAAAUCGACCAGCAUGUGCCCUAAAAAUUUUACAAAAAGCAGCAAAAGUCAAUGGAAAGCGGCUGUCUCAGACGACAAUAGAAAAUCUUUGUCCAAAUAGUGUUUCCGAAGCGGCACCAUCCGAUACCGCAAAAUCCCAAUCUUUUGCACAGCUGUUAAGUGAAGCGUUUCAUAGUCGUGGCCUCACAGCACGGGUCAUAAAUUGUUCGUUUUGUUGGCUUACAAAUACGAUGGUCUACUUUGGACUUAGUUUAAACUCUGUAUCAUUAUCUGGAAACAAAUACGUCAAUUUUAUUCUUGUGUCGCUCAUUGAAUUGCCCGGGUUUUUCCUCAUGCAAUUAAUUCUUGACCGUACCGGAAGGAAGCGAACCCUUUUUGCCACAAUGAUAAUUAGUGGCGUACUUUGUAUCAUUUCGGGGCUUGUACCACUUGACGCCCCAUUCGUCAGGCUGUUUUUGUUUCUACUCAGUAAACUCACAAUCACGAUGUCUUUUGGUACAUUAUACAUCUACACGGUGGAGAUUUUUCCUACUAAUCUGCGACAAACUUUACUAUCAGUGUGUUCAAUGAUCGGCCGUGUUGGUUCUAUGAUUGCGCCACAAACACCUCUGUUGUCAAAAGUAUGGAUACCGCUUCCUAUGCUUAUUUUUGGCUGCCUUGGCAUCACUUCAGGAGUUGCUAUUCUACAGUUACCUGAAACACUCAAUACUCAACUACCUGAUACCGUUCACGAUGCAAUGAAUAUGCCUAAAAACAUAAAUGAUCGUCAAAAUUCUACAUAA